AUGAACUCCUCACAGCAGCACCCGGGGCUGCACACCUCUCUCCACAUCUGGAACCACAGCAGGUACGGGCUGCACAGCAACGCCUCCGUGUCCCUGGGCAAGGCCUACGCCGACGGAGGAUGCUAUGAGCAACUCUUCGUCUCCCCCGAGGUGUUCGUGACCCUGGGGGUCAUCAGCCUUCUGGAGAACAUGCUGGUGAUCGCAGCCAUUGCCAAGAACAAGAACCUGCACUCUCCCAUGUACUUCUUCAUCUGCAGCCUGGCGGUGGCCGACAUGCUCGUGAGCGUCUCCAAUGGCUCGGAGACCAUCGUCAUCACCUUGCUGAACAGCACGGACACGGACGGCCAGAGCUUCACCGUGAACAUCGACAACGUCAUCGACUCGGUCAUCUGCAGCUCCCUGCUGGCCUCCAUCUGCAGCCUCCUCUCCAUCGCAGUGGACAGGUACUUCACCAUCUUCUAUGCCCUCCAGUACCAUAACAUCAUGACCGGGAAGCGGGUGGCCAUCAUCAUCACCUGCAUCUGGGCGGCCUGCACCGUCUCGGGCAUUCUCUUCAUCAUCUACUCCGACAGCACCGUGGUCCUCAUCUGCCUCAUCACCAUGUUCUUCACCAUGCUGGCGCUCAUGGCCUCCCUCUACGUCCACAUGUUCCUGAUGGCCAGGUUCCACAUCAAGCGCAUCGCUGUCCUCCCGGGCACCGGCGCCAUCCGCCAAGGUGCCAACAUGAAGGGGGCGAUCACGCUGACCAUCCUCAUCGGGGUCUUUGUGGUCUGCUGGGCGCCCUUCUUCCUCCACCUGAUAUUCUACAUCUCGUGCCCCCAGAAUCCCUACUGCGUGUGCUUCAUGUCUCACUUUAACUUGUACCUCAUCCUCAUAAUGUGUAACUCCAUCGUCGACCCUCUCAUUUAUGCCCUCCGGAGCCAGGAACUGAGGAAAACCUUCAAAGAUAUCAUCUGCUUCUACCCUCUGGGAGGCCACUGUGACUUGUCCAGUCGAUAUUAA